GAAGGGCCACCCCAAUCGUAUGGAAAAGAAAAUUUCCAACUCUAAACUUUCUUUGAUCAAGACAAACCUUUCUGCCCUCGGGUUUUAGUAUAUGGAGGCUUGUUUUACAGCCUUGCAAGCUAAUGCCCAUUUGGUGAAAGUUGGCAAAGGAGGAGUGGAUAAUGGGUUUUGGGGAGAGAAGAUUAGAGGGAAUUUAAUGAAUAGUAAGAAGGAUUUGAAAAAGAGUAGUUUUUUGAGAAGUGAAUUUGGGAAAUGGACAGGGAUUAAAGGAAAUGGUGGUAUUGGUGCUGUUUCAUCUGAUCAUGUCACUAAAGAAGCAAUGACCCAUCCAGGACCAGUGUUACCAUAUAAAAUAGCAGACCCAAAUAGUGUAACUUCAGUCAUUUUGGGUGGAGGGUAUGAGAUUGACACAACCACCGUGUCUUCAAUCUUGGAGGUUGGAUGGGUUGAACGGCUUACCAGUGAACAAUAUAUUAGUGUUAGAAGACAAAAUCAGGUUCCAAUUAGCAAUUGCAUCAACAGUGGCAUAAAUAAGAUAUUUAUCCUUACUCAGUUAACUUAUGCUAUCCUCAAUCGCGACCCCAUCCUUCGGAAACAUGUUAACCGAUUCAAGACUGGUAUUGGCUUGGAAGACGGAUGUAUAGAGCUCCAGGCUGCGACUCGGACACAAGAAAGAAAUAUAGGACAGAAGUGGUUCCAAGGAACAACUGAUGCCCUGAGACUGAUCGCACGGGAUGCCAAGAACAAGAACAUCGAGCAUAUAAUGAUCUUUUCUGGCGAUCAUCUUUACAGAAUGGACUACAUGGACUUUGUGCAGAAGCAUAUUGAUACCGGUGCUGAUAUUAGUGUUCCGUGCAAAUCUGUUGAUGAUGGCCUUGCAUCAGAUUAUGGAUUGAUGAAGGUUGACAGUUCUGGUCGCAUCAUCCGAUUUGCUGAAAAACCAAAGGGGGCAGAUUUGGAAGCUAUGCAAGUCGACACUGUUGUCUUGGGGUUGUCUCCGGAGCAAGCCAUUGGAUCUCCCUACAUUGCAUCUAUUGGCAUAUAUUUAUUUAGAACAGAUGUUUAAAUAAAGCUCUUGAUGCCGACGCUUCCCAUUUCUGUGGACUUCGGAUCUGAAAUCUUUCCAUCAGCUGUGAUGGACCAUAAUGCCCAAGCAUUAUUAUUCUGAAGUGAUAUAUAAAGCUUUCAUUGGAAUAGAAGCAAGGUGGCAAGCAAAGUAUUUUUAGAAGCAUACUCUAUGAGGCCUGAGUUUUUGGGUGCUAUGGGAUGUCGGGAU